CCUCAUGGUACUCUAGUAUGUGGCUAGGACAGAUCACUCAGUGCGGGCCUCUGUUAUGUGUUGAUUUAACUCUUUCCUUUAAAUGAAGCUCAUGUGAACUUUAAAGGAGAAUGCACAGUUUGAGCAGCAUGAGGGAGAGCAUUCUUGAGAACAGUACCUGGUUGGUUGAAGAGUGGAUGGAACAAAGACAAGACAAAAUUGUUUACAGGACAUUUGAAGAAAAUUGUGACAAAUAUUGAAAAGGCUGUGUCAUCAUCAUAUAAAAUAAUAUGAAGAAGGAAAGUGAUGAAAUGUCAAAAGAAAAACUGUUGCUUAGAUUUAUUAGAUGCUACAUUGAUGAAUAUUGGUAAGAACACUUUAUGAGUACUGGAUAAUGGUUGUGGCUCUCAAACUGUGCUAACAGAAGCACACCUAUACAACUGGUUACCUAUUGACAUAAAUUAGUGAGUGUCACAACAUCUCCAGUCACCAUGGAUCCAAUCUUCUUCAACACAACUGCCUUCUGUGGCACAAUGGAUUUUAUUUCCUGGGAUACACAAAAGCUCAAUUUAGGCUUGUGUUUCCAAAAGGCUGUGAUUACUGUGCCAGUUUUUGCUCUCUUGGCCAUUGUGUCAGCUUACUACAUAGGGAGGCAGUCAGAGUGGGUGGUGCGUAGACGGAAGCAGAUGGCAAUAAUCUACACCAGGAUUGUCUUGACUGUGCUCUCCCUGGUGUUGGUGGUGAUAGAGCCGAUCCUUCUGUUCUUCGUUGGCCACAGCAAAAUCUACUGGGUUGAUGGCCUUGUUGUUGGAGUACAGUCACUGUCAUGGCUGGUGCACCUGGGUUACUUAACCUCUCUUAAGACCCGGCUCAGUGUUGGGACACGUGGCCCAACCCCCAUCAUCCUCGCCUGGCUGUUGACCUUCCUCUGCACUAUCAACCUGGCAAGAACUACUUGGUAUGAGGAAAAUGGAAUAUCAAAAUUGAUUGAAAAAAUAAUGAGAUUCAUGGCUUUAACUCAGAUGUGUUUACAAACUGUGUAUCUGUUUACACUAUUCCCAAAGGGUAGUGCAGGAGUGUCCCAGUACCAUGAGCUGCACAGGGAGGCCACUGAGACCACCCCUCUCAUGGAGACCUCAUAUAAUGAUUACAGUGGGUUCCACGAGGCAGCCGAUCCCUACCAUCUGGGCAUAGCAGAAGAGAGAAUUAACGUGUUAUCGUACCUCACCUUCUACUGGGUGAACGCACUCAUGGAGAAAGGUUCACUUGGUAACUUACGCACUCAGGAUGAUCUGCACGACCUUCCUAUACAAAUGCGAACUGAUGUCAUCGCUCAGACGGUUCAUAGAACAAUGAUGAUCAGCCAGCCUCUACCCAGUGAUGAAUCUGAGAGACCUCGUCGCCAAAAAUAUGCCUUCCUAAAAGCCAUACAUAAAUGUUAUGGGGUCCAGUUCUACAGUAUUGGCCUGCUGAAGCUUUUUGGUGAUAUUCUGGGAUUUGCAGGACCCCUUCUGUUACAUGAGCUUGUCAUCUUUAUUGAGAAAAAAGAUGAGGAUGACUUGAAGGGAUAUACAUAUGCAGGAGGUCUGUGUGGAGCAGCUCUUGUGGCAAUAUUCUGCAGUAUUCACUUCAAUUACUUAUUGGCCAAGGUGAACCUUCGUAUCCGUGCUGCUGUAAUAUCUACUGUUUAUAGAAAGGUCCUCCAGGUCAGUGCUGCCAACCUGAGCAGAUUUUCAACGGGUGAAGUUGUCAAUUUAAUGAGUACAGACACUGACAGAAUUGGUAAUUUCUGCCAGUCAUUUCAUGCCUUGUGGAGUCUUCCUCUUCAGCUUGGCAUAACACUCUACCUGCUCUACCAACAAAUUGGAAUCGCCUUCUUAGCAGGUGUUGGUGUGGCGAUCAUCUUGAUUCCAGUCAACAAGUGGCUGGCCACAAAAAUAGGUCGUCUAAGUGUGGAGAUGAUGUCGUACAAGGACCGCCGUGUGGGUCUUAUGACUGAGAUCCUGAGCAUGAUCAGGAUGGUGAAAUUGAAUGCUUGGGAAGGAACAUUUAAGCACCGUGUCAAUGACGAGCGUUAUGGUGAAGUGAAGGCGUUGGCUGGGCGCAAGUACUUGGAUGCUGCCUGUGUUUACUUCUGGGCUUCCACGCCAGUUCUCAUACCUAUUAUCACCUUCACCGUGUACAUUGCUCUUGGUAAUCCAUUGGAGCCAGCUCGUGUGUUUACAGCAGUAGCACUCUUCAACAUGUUAAUAAUGCCUCUCAAUGCAUUUCCCUGGGUACUGAAUGGGAUUGUGGAGGCAUGGGUCUCUCUUAAGCGUGUUGAGCGUUUGAUGGAGCUUCCAGAACAGGACUUGAUAAACUAUUACACAGUGGUGCCAGAGAUGGGUCACAAGGACUCUGAACUACAAAUCCUAAUAACCAACGGAACCUUCACUUGGGAUGGUGCAUUUGUGGUCGCUGAACAAGAUCAAGAGGCAAGCAGGCCCUCGAGGAGCUCACCCACAGGCUCUAACAUGUCACUGAUCGACUCUCUGAACGGGAGCAGCGGUGAUGAGGGAAUACUUCCAACACUCAAGAGAGUCAACUUGCAACUUUCCAAGGGUCAAGUGGUGGCUAUUGUGGGUCGUGUUGGGUCAGGAAAAACAUCAGUCCUUAAUGCAAUACUGGCCGAGAUGACCAAAACUCACGGGGUUGUGGCAGUGGCUGCACUUCAUAAUGGUUUUGGUCUUGCAACACAACUUCCUUGGAUACAAAAUGGAUCAAUCAAAGACAAUAUUCUCUUUGGUAGCAGCUUGGAUAUCAGCCGAUACAAGUCAGUACUGUCUGUUUGUGCCUUGGAUGAGGAUCUUCAUGCGCUUCCUCUGAGGGAUAACACAAUGUGUGGAGAAAAUGGCUCCUCAUUAAGUGGUGGACAGAAGGCUCGUGUUGCUCUGGCUCGCGCGGUGUAUCAGAACAAGAGCAUCUACCUCCUUGAUGACGUGUUGUCGGCUGUGGACAGACCAGUGGCACAGCACAUCAUGAAAAAAUGUAUUCAUGGGUUUUUGGCUGGCAGAACAGUGUUGCUUGCCACUAACACUGUCAGUCUCCUCACCAAGACAGACUGGGUCAUCAGUAUACAGAAUGGAGAAAUAAACUCUCAAGGUCCCCCAUCAGUCGUCCUGCCAAAGCUCUUGUCGGCAGAGGAACUUUCAGAUGACUGGUGGGACGAGACCGAGAGUGUGGAAACCAAGUCGUCAGGGGCCGUUUCGCGGAGGCCAUCGUUGGACAUCUUCGCUACGGGACACGGCAAGAGUACAGACUCGAUACGUAAGGGUGACAAUGAGGAAGAGCGUGACUAUGGGGAAUUGAGCAGUUCCGUCUACUACACGUACAUAGUGGCAUUGGGCAGUGUGCUCUCGCUCACCAUCUUCCUCUCCAUGAUACUAAUGCAGAGUUCCCGAAACCUAACUGACAUGUGGUUGGCUUACUGGGUGUCUCAAGUCACAGGGAGAAACAGCUCUGGAUUAACUGCACUUGUUGAUAAAGACACAACACCAUGGAUGGGUGCAGGAACUAGGCCUGAUCCCCCCAAAAUGGCCACUGCUUUAACUGAUAGCAUGCAGUGGUUUUCUUCUAUCAACCCUAUGCAUCAGUUUCUGGCGGUACAAGAACUUCCCGAGUCUGAUGUAUCGGCGGUAGUGGACCCCAGCACCAAAUUCUACCUCACUGUGUAUGGGAUUCUGGCAGCCUCCAACACAAUUUUCACACUAAUGCGAGCUUUCUUGUUUGCAUAUGGAGGUAUCUGUGCUGCUAAAGCCCUUCACAAACAGUUGUUGGAUGCUGUUCUUUACGCAAAGAUUUCAUUCUUUGACAACAAUCCUCUCGGCCGUAUCCUGAACCGGUUCUCAUCAGAUCUCUACACCGUGGAUGACUCUCUUCCCUUCCAGAUGAACAUUUUCUUUGCUCAGGUUUUUGGACUAUUAGGUUCGGUUGUGGUGACCAUAUAUGGUAUGCCGUGGAUCUUGUUGCUCUACAUUCCAUUAGCUUUUGUGUAUUACACCGUCCAGAGCUUUUAUCGUCACACUUCUCGAGAUCUGAAGCGACUGCACGCAGUUUCUCUCUCGCCCUUGUAUGCACACUUCACUGAGACUUUGCAGGGCCUUCCUGUGAUCCGUGCCAUGCGGGCUGUACAUAGAUUUAGUGCAAGAGCAGACAGCCUCUUAGAGGUAAGCCAGCGUGCACAGUUUGACAUUCAGGUAGCCUCACAGUGGCUCAACUUGCGGUUGCAACUGAUCGGGCUGGCAAUGCUAGCUGGUGUGUCAACUCUUGCCCUCCUUCAACAUCACUUUGAUGCUAUUGAUGCUGGUCUGGUUGGUCUGGUGGUCUCGUAUGCUCUGACUGUGAGCAACUUCCUCAACUCUGUAGUGGGUUCCCUCACUGAGACAGAGAGGGAGUUGGUCAGUGUUGAGCGCGUCCACCAAUAUCUGGAAGGAACAGAACCAGAACGGCGGGAGGGCACCAUACUUCCCCCUUUUGGCUGGCUUAGCCAUGGUUCUAUUAAGUUCCAGAACGUCUGCUUGAGAUAUCAGGCUCAUAAUCCGUAUGCACUGAGAAAAGUAAGCUUCGAAAUAGGUGCAUCAGAAAAGGUUGGAAUAAUUGGUCGCACAGGAGCAGGGAAGAGCUCCAUAUUUCUGGCACUGUUCCGUCUGGUGGAACUGAACUCGGGACACAUCUUUGUAGACAAUGUGGACAUCUCCAAGCUGAGCCUUAAGAAACUAAGAUCCAGCAUGGCCAUAGUGACACAAGAUGCCUUCCUGUUCAGUGGAACUAUCAGGGAGAAUCUAGACCCCUGUAGUGACUCUCUCGACACUCAGAUAUGGCAGGCCGUACAGUCGUGUCAUCUCACUACACUGGUACAACACCUUGGUGGCCUGGAGGCUAGGAUAGAGGAAGCAGGACGGGCAAUGUCAGCAGGGGAGAGGCAGUUGUUUUGCCUGGCUCGAGCUCUAUUGUGCCGCACCAAGAUUGUGUGUAUAGAUGAAGGGACGUCGCAGCUGGAUAAUGAAACCGACGAGCAGAUUCAGCAAACAAUACGCAGUGCCUUCCGCAACAAGACCGUCAUUAUUAUUGCUCAUCGUGUGCACACUGUCCGGGAUUGUGAUAGAAUUCUGGUGAUGAGUGAGGGAGAAGUGGUGGAGUGUGGACGACCAACAGAACUACUUUCCAAUAGAAAUUCCAUCUUCUACUCGGUUCUUCAGUCUCAAUGAGAGCCAUCAGGAGAACACUAAGCAAAUAUUAUCUUUAUUACCACCAUUGUAGAAAAAGUUAUUAUAUUAGUUAUAUAAUUAAA